AUGGGUAACAGUGGCGGGAGUGAGAGUAGCAGUGGCGAUGAUACUGCAUUAGGGUUCACUGGCACAGGGAGUCAGCCGCAAGCGACUCGUCCCUUAGAGAAUCGAAGUAAGCAGUACCAAGACGAUCCUGCCAGUCAGCAAUCUUCCCCCCUCGCUUCUCCCGCCUCGAGCGCUACUUCGUCCGCCCCUUCCCCGUUCGCCUCCCCCUCGGGCGCGGAAGCAGAGGGCGCGGAGCGGAAGGUUCUAGAGCGCGCAGUGGUGGAGAUGGCGCUCCUGCAGGAGGUGUCGCGCGGGGGGAUCGAGGGCUCGACUCUGGAGGAAGAGUGGGGGGAGCUGCGCCAGGCCGAGUGGCUCAAGGCCGUGGCGCCACAGCCUGCUGUCGUGGAGAAGGAACCCUGGUGGAUGCUGUUCGGUCCAGCAGCCAGUGCAGCGGGCACGGUGUUUGGCAUGGCGGGGCUGGGCUUUGCAGCCAAGACAGCAGCAGCGGCGCCGGUGGCGGUGGCAGUGGUGCCGCAGAUGGACGCCCUCUGGCGCUCCUUCGGAGGCGCUAGCCUGGUGGCACUGUACUGGCGCACGCUGGUGUUUGGCAAGACGUUUCGCAGCAUAGAGUGGGACCUGGAGGCGUAUGAUGCGCCCAACGGCAACAUGAAGUCAAUCACCAUCCGCGUGCCCUCCCUCAACGCUGUGCGUACCAAGAUAGCACUGGCAAACGGGCUUGCGGGCGCCAGUGAGGUGGAGCAGCUGGCGCUCUGGAUUCCCAACUCUGGGGACUUUGUGGAGCCCCUGCGGCUGGCCAAGGACCUGGCGCUGAUUCCGGACUUUGGCUUUGUCAUCUGGUCGCGCACCCCCGCCUCCCUGCACUGCCUGCCCUCGCGCGCUGCCAAGACCAUGCCCUCGCCCACCGCCGCAGCAGGCUCUGCAGGUCAGGAGGGAUCACUUUACACCGAGACAGAGACGAACACAGCAGCGGCGGAGAAGACAGAGACAGGAGCAGCGGCGAAUGAGAGCGAAGCGCUGGUGAAGCAUCCGCUGGAGCACCGCUGGACGCUCUGGUUCGACAAUCCGCAACAACGCGGGAAGAGCGGUGGCUCGUGGGGAAGCUCGCUCCGCGUUGUCUUCACCUUCGGGACCGUUGAGGACUUUUGGUGUUUAUACAACAAUAUAGUGCAGCCGAGCAAGCUGAUGAACAAGGCGGACAUGCACCUGUUCAAGGAGGGCAUUCAACCCAAGUGGGAGGACCCCAAGUGCGAGAAGGGCGGCUCCUGGACCAUUCCGUGCUCGCGGAGCAAGGAGUACCUCGAUAACAUGUGGCUGCACUUGAUGCUGGCGAUGAUAGGCGAGCAGAUCGACGAGGGCAACGACAUCUGUGGCGCCGUGGUGAGCAUUCGACCAAACAAGGACAGAGUGGCGCUCUGGACUAAAUCGGCUGCCAGCGAAUCCAUUCAGUCGCCCUCCUCGUCCGACUCCGGCUCUUCUCGCUCGCGCUCCUCCGCGUCGCCCUCUCGCUCCGAUUCAGCCUCGUCCAGAAGCCGCAGCCCGCCGCCUAAGAAAGGUGCGAGGCCGACGACAGAGUCGAGCAAGAAGAAGCGAAGCCCGUCGCCCAAUGACAGGAAGCGGUCGACGACGCCCGAGACGACGAUGCUGUACGUGGGCUGCCUCACGCGCAACGUCAACCAGGACCACCUGCGCGAGAUAUUCGGGCUGUACGGCGAGCUAAGCAAAGUCGAGAUCGCCAUGGACCGUGUCGUGAAUCUGCCCAAGGGCUACGGGUACGUGGAGUUCAAGAAGCGCGCCGAUGCGGAGAAGGCGCGCCUGCACAUGGAUGGGGCGCAGAUCGACGGCAGUGUGGUGAGCGCGCAGUUCGUGCUUGCGCCAAAGCCCGCCGAGCGACAGGGACAGGGGGGACAGGGGGGACCGGGGGGACAGGGGGGACAAGGGGGGAGAGGCGGAGCGGGGGAGGGAGGGCGAGCGGGGAGGCAGGGGGGUGUCGCCGCGGCGGAGGUCCCCCGUGAGAGCAGGCGGCGCAAGGGGAAGGUCACCGUCCCCGCCCCGAGGGGGAAGGAGGCGCUCGCCCUUGCGGUACUGUGUCCCCUGCAUCUUCUGCUCCCCGUGGUUGUGUUGCGCCCCUCGCUUUCCGCCUCUCCCCGCCCCGCAGCUCCCCCCCUCGCAGGCAGCGCAGUGCCUCUCCUCGCCGCGUUAGAAGCCCUCCCAGACGCCGCUCCCCCAUCCCCUUCCGCGGCCGCAGGUACCAGCCCCACCCUCCCCACCACCCUCCCCACCACCCGCCCCACCCUCCCCACCACCCUCCCCACCCUCCCGACCCCCACCCUCCGCACCCUCCGCUCUCCCCGUCCAAAUUUCCCACAUCUUCUUUGCCCUCAAUCGAGCUGCCAUCUUUUUCCUUCUCAUCCCGUCGCCCCCCCCUCGCCGCCGCUCCUCCCCUGCGCGGCGGCCCUCUCCUCCUCGCCGCUCGCCCCCUGCUCGUCGCUCCAGCCCAGGCCCUACGCGCCGCCGCUCCCGCUCCCGCUCUCGCACCCGCUCGCGCUCCCCGCCCUCUCGACGCCAGCGCCUACCCCCACCACCGCCCGCCCGCAGGUCAGCUCCCACCCCACCCCUUCCACUCUUGUGCGCACCACUUUCUGCUCUCCCACCUCUUUUCUCUUCCCAACCCGUUGCUUUCUGUGUUCAUGCCAUCCCAUUCCGCACUUCCCAUUCGCCCUUGCCUGCUCCUUCGUCUUCUCUCCCCCUUCCUUCCCCUGA